CUGUAGCUCCUCCUGAAAUUUUGGCGCAAGGACAUUCCGCAAGACUGGUUUAUGAAGAGGCCCUUAGAGAUGGAUUUGUGAAUGUUUAUCGCGGUCGCAUAGUCUUGGUUGGCCAGGAUCGUGCUGGUAAAACAAGUUUAAAGAAGACUCUCUUAGGUCUGCCAUUUGACUUCAAGGAGCAGAGCACGGACGGGAUCGAAAUAGAGCCAUCAAAGUUCGAAAUUGAAGUUGAGCAAACUAAGAACUGGACUCCUAGUUGUGCGAAAAAGUCAAGUUUCUCUGAUUGUUUGGAAUGUACAACGGAUAUAGCAAAACUGUUAGCGACAAAAAGGUAUCACAUGAUUGUUGGUGAUGAGAAGGAAGGCUCGGAAAUGAAAUCAGUAGGGGCACAGCAUCAGGAAGAACGCAGAGUGGAGUCAGGAGAGGAAUUGCACACAAAACAUGUUGUCGCCGAUCAGGUUUCCGUGUACGAGGAUCCGGCCACUAAGUUUCCAGAUAGAUCCGAGCCUUUAAGCGAAGUUCAUGAAGGAGAUAAUCUAAGCACAAAGUCCAAAAUGGCUAUCAACGCCACCGUACUUCCUAUUGCCGUUGAAAAACAGGCUGAUGAACUCCUAAAGAACAUGAUAAUUAAAGGUGAGGAUGCUUAUGGUGCACAUAUCGAGAAAGGAUCCACGAUAACCGCAGAUGU